ACACACACCCCCUUGCAAACUGUCUCUCUCUUUACUGAGUCAAGGAACUGAUACAACACACACAGUGUGAACAGUGCAUUCAGUUUGAGAGGGAGAGCAAGUGUGGGAGGGGUGGGAGCAGGAAUACAGCCUGGAAUAAUGUUUCCCUUCAAAUCCACAAUGCUUCAUGAAAAAUCCCAGCUCCAGGAGCUGAACCAUCGCCUGGAGUCUUACUUAUCCAGGGUCCGACUACUGGAGCAAGAGAAUCAACGACUUGUCACUGAGAUCCAGCACUUAAAGACUGAGAGGAAGGCAGAGGAGCGGAAUCUUUAUCUGGAUGAAAUCAACAAGAUGAGAUGGGAACUGGAGGAGCUGAUAUUCGAGAAAUCAAAAGCUGAAAUGCAACGAUGCAACUUGUGGCGGGAGAUCCAAGAGUUACAAAAGCAUCAGGCUGCCGAACAAACAGGUUUUAAAAAAGUAAGGCAACAGCUGGCUGAACAGGAAAAGGUCCUUCAGCAGACUGAAACCGCCAACGCGUCUCUCGAAGCAUACAUCUUGGAGCUGAGGGCAGAAUGUCAAGCCCUGAAAGAUCAGCAUGAGCAAGCAAAAAGAGAAAUGAGGGAAAGGCUGAGCAGAACGCCCCAGCUCCUGGUCACUCAGGGGUAUCACACAGUCCCCCUGACCGAAGAGGAUGUUGAACAGCAUGCCCUUACCUUGACAGCAAUAUGGGAGGAAGGCUUUGAGAUCUACAAGAACAAGAUCGUAGAACUGGAAACUGCAGUUCAGCAGGACAAAGAGAAAGGUGAAGAAUUGAACAGGGAAAGAGUGCUUUUAAUUAUGGAAAUAGAAACACUGAAGAAGGAACUUGAAGAUCAAUUUAAUCUCCAGAACAAACUGGAAGAAGAUUUUUUAACAGUUCAACAGAAGCAUGACGUGGAUAUGGAGGAAUAUCAGAGAGUGAUGGAUUUACUGGAGGAUGAAAAGCACGAUCUCAUAUCAACGAUUACACUUAACCUCAAAGAGCAACAACAGCUGAUACAGGUGAAGAUGGGACUGAGUCUUGAGCUUGCCACCUACAGGGCCUUGUUAGAAAGAGAACACGGCAAGCAUCACGGGAUACCACAGCAUUUGCGAAACCUCAGACAAGGGACAGAUAUAAGAUCCCAUAUGUCCAAUGUUGUUCUACAACCAACUCUUGAUGCACAAGAUGGCAAGAAGUGGACACAAACCAGUAUUAAAAUUCCUUCAAGUUUCCGGAAAGAUACUGUGAUUAACAAAAAGGGAAUAGUACUACAACCUCUUCCAUAUAGAAUACCAGCAAGAAAGACUAUUAAGAAUUCUCUGUCAGACGAUGAUCUGCUUUAUGAUGACACAUUAUCUUCACCAAUUCAAAAUAUUGUAUCUUCAGCAAGGUCAAAAAAUGCUCACAGAGACACGACCAUGUUUGCACCAAAACCUCAAGACUCUCACAGUACAACGAAGGAAGCUAUCGUUCAGCACAAAUUGUUUCCAGAAAAGAUAGGCAGGGACAGUAAAGUGCCUUUGGCCAAGGCAGUGCAUGUUACAGAUGUGGCCACACACAAAUCCAAAAUAAUAGUCAAGGAGUCAGACUCUUAUGAUAAAGGAGAUGUUUCAUGUCAUGAAGAGAAGGAACUUAAGUCUCGAUAUUUGGAUGAAUCACCUCAACCUGUUAGUGAGGAGCAAGAUUAUGAUUUUAACAGGAGGUCUACAGAAAUAACCAAUCAGCAGGAGUAUGAGGCUGAGGUACCAAAGGAAGUGAUAGAAGUCAAAAGUACUCCAAAAGACUUGGAAAUCAAAGUAGACAUCGGUAAUGUGGGACCAGCUAUUACUCCGGACGGAUACAUCUGUACUACAGACCAAGAGGAAAGUGCGGAAACUACAAAGUAUUUUCCGAUAGAAAAGAACAAAGAGGAAUCGAUGCUGGAAACUGGAGAAGAGAUCUGGAUGAAAACGAAUGCAGGGAAGUCAGAGGAUAACCGUGGAGUUGCUAUCUAUGAACAUGAUGAAAGUUUAGCAAAUAAUAUUAGAACUGGGGACAUCAUUCAAACAGACAUAAAAUCCAUUGAUUUGACAAAACUGAAUGUUUCACCAGAAGCUGACAUCAGUUAUCAUAUCGAGGAGAAAGAAGUGUUGGAUGAUGGCAAAACCAAAAGAGAAAUUAUCAUUCAGUCAAGAAAAGAAGAAAUUGUUGAAGUGGGAGAUGAGUCAACUCUGAAAGAAAUGCUGAAUGUGGAUGCCAAAAGUCCAGAGCUUCAAGUGAAAGGGGCUUUGGAACACUUAACAGGGUCAAAGUCUGAGAGCCUUAUGGAUGGACUUCUCAGCCUAGGGUUUAAAGGAAGACAAGUUCCAGGGAAAGUAUCUGUAAGUGUUGAGAUGGGGGAGCAAACCUUAGAACAUUUUGAAGAAACUGAUGAUUUUCCUACAACUGCAGACACGUUUCCACUGCCUUUAGGAGCAGAGGACAUUGAUUAUGAAGGAAAGGAUGGCAGAUAUGAAGAAGUCUUAAAUAUUACAAUGACUGCUGCAGACUUUAGGAAAACAAUGCUAUCAAAUACUGAACUGCUACUGCAGAGCUCACCUGACAUUUCGUCUUCAAAUGAAAAAGCACAUGAAAUCACUAAGGAAAAAACAGAAUCGUUUGGAACCAAACUAACAGAAAUGGGGUUGCAUUCUCCUCAAGCCAGCGCAGAUUCAGAAAACGUUAAACGAAUUACAGACACACAGCAAGAUACCUUGUCGAAAGAACUGUCUUCACCAUGGCUGAUAGAGGAAUCGAUUAGAGUUCCUCAAGAUGUUCAGGCAUCCAUUGUUGAGCUACUGACUGAGGAAAUGGAGGAUCCUAAACUUAAGCUGAAAGGAGCUUUGCAGCAGUUGAAAGAGGCUGUACCAGAAAGUCUGAGGGAUGAGCUUUCAGUCCUCACUAGAGAUUCCCAAGACCCAUCUGACAACGUAUCAGUUAAUAUUAAAAAUGUCCAACAAUCUUCUCAGAGUGGCGUUGUCACUAUCGAGGCCGAGGUAAAUGUUUCACAAAGCCUUGAACCAGAGGAUUUCUAUUCACUGGACAUUGAAGAUGAAGAAGACACAGAUGACAUAGGAUCAAGAUUAAUUAACGUCACUACUCAGGAGAAAAUACAGGAACUACUGAGUGCAAAAGGUCUUAAAACAGUUGAUACUUCGCACAACGAUGAUGGAAUCCAAAUAAAGGUCAGAGGUAUUAACCAGGAACCUGUGUUGCCAGAAAUCAGUAUGAGAGAUGAGACUGACACUGAUGAAUACAGAAGUUCUCAAUAUCAAACUGGUGAUCUAACUGUUGGUGAAAUGUCUCAGUCAAGUGAAAUUGAAGGUGAUUGGUUUGAUCAAAGUCCUUUCUUCCAAAAGGGAAAAGGUAAGAUUGACAGAGAAGAGUUCUUUCAUGGAGUUUUGGAUCCAGAAAAUUCAUCAGAAACCUUUCAAAUGAAUGCAAACCGAGUUAUGUCAGUACAGACGAGUGGAGGUGACAGUGGGAGAGGUAUGACAUUCAUAACUCAGCAGCAUGAAAUUGCUGAAGGAAUGGAUGAAAGGAGACUUGAGGGUAAUGUGUAUUGGUAUGAAGAAUGGGAAUCUGAGAAUAGAGAUGGCAAUGAAGUGAGUGUUACUGGUUCAGGUGAAGAAGAUCUACAAAAGUCUGAUCCAGAACUAAUGCAAUAUGCAGUUUCUCCAAAUGUCCUGGCAAAACCCAGGAUUGGUGCACCUGGAGGUAACACACAUGUGGUCUACAGUGAACAGAAAGUUGUUGUUACACACUUUGAUGAGGGUCGGUACGAUGACCCGUCUCUGUACGAUGAUGAACUGUAAACAGCAUUCAAAAAAAUGGAUUAUGCCUUUGAAAUGGAACCUAGUUAAUACAGGCACAGUUAGAGAAUAGCUGACAUCAAGCAGCAAUUAUGCAGUCGCAAUGGAAUCAGAUGCUUUAAUGCUUUGAUAAAACACUGCUUGAAACUUACCUGCUGCAUAACCCCACGUGUGUGCUUUAAAGGAAAUACAUUUGUGACACAUUCUAUUAUCUGAGACCUCACAAUGUCACAGAAAUCAUUAUCAAAUGAAACAAUGAUUUAAAAAACAAUGCACAAAUAAAAUUGUUUCUGUUGACUAAUUUUAUAGAAAAGAUUGAUUGAAAAUAGUAGCAGAGGACUGUUGGCUAUGCAGUAGUUUUAUCUGAGGUUUCUGUGUACAGAUAUAGACAGUUAAAAGGUCUUAAAAUACUUUUGCGUGGAUUUGAUGUGUAAUAGUUGAGUCUAGGCUACAUUUAUGGAGUAUUUUCCUGUAAACAGCUCUAAGUUAAAUUGUUAUGUUCUACAGCUCAACUUUCCCAUUAUUAAACUUAACACUUCUUUGGGUUAUUAUGACCUCUCCAUGACUCUGUUCGAACCACUGAAUAUUUCCAGCAUUUUCUGUUUUGAAUUUCCAGCACUUGCAAUAGUUUGCUUUUGCGUCAAGACCCCAUGAUGAAUGUUACAGUAAGAAACCUAUCCAGACGCCAGCUUCAUUACUGAAACAGGAAAUUAAACAGUUAAUAAUUCUAGAUAAAAUGAGAAAAAUAUAAACACAUAUUUGGCCAGUUUCACCAUUUUUCUAAGUUUUGUUUAGACUUUUGUUCCUAACGAAUGGCACGUGAAUAUCAUCAUAACAAACGUCCAGUUUCCGUCACGUUUUUAGCAUUAAACAUCUGAUCGUGUUAAAGUGUCAAUCAGAAGGCAGCAUUGCAGGGCAAGAUACAGUGUACCUACUAGCAAGAGCCUGAUCAGAACUCAGGAAAUAACUUAAAAGAUAUUUACAAGGAUUCAAAAUAUCAUCUGGUUCCUAGUUACAGAGUUCAAUUAUUCUUACUGUCAAUGAGAAAAUAAAUUGAGUACAAUCAGAGAGUGUUUAUAUAUCUAAAGAUUCUCCAUGUUUCAUGCCUUAUUCCCUGUGGAUUUAAUGUUCAUACUGUUUUAAUUUGCAAAAGCUAAAAAACGUCUUUACUUUUUGAUCAAUGACUCCUCUGGCCCAAAAAAAUGCAUUUGGAACAUUUGAACAUUACUGUAAAUUUAAGUUUCCUGCUUUCUUUCAGCUCCCUUAAGCGUAGAAAUAUAAUAUACGAUUGUAUCAACAGCACUCACAUAAUCCCGCAGUAGCCCACCUAGUAUAGAAUUAUUAUAGGAAAAUUUAGUUUGGAUGUUAAUAAGAAUCAAGACUACUUUUUUAUGCUUUAAUCAGUAACGUGUUAGGAGGGUCAGACUUGUCAAGUGUUUGGAUUGAAAGCUUAUUAUGGAGAAGAGAGAAUCAAUGGUGGACGUGUUACAAGAUUACAUGAACUAUAUUUAUGUAAAGGUUGUGAAGAAUGAAAACCAUGCAUUUAUUCAGCACAUUAUAUGAUUUUCAAGAUAUUCCCAAGCAUUUUACAGUCAAUGAAGUGCUUUUGAAGAGUUGCAGGCAAUGUGGCAACCAAUGCGUGUACCACCAGUAGUGGGGUAAUGACUACCCAAUCAGCUUUGUAGGUCAUACUAUUUGAGGGAUAAAAAAUGGUCAGGAGAAUGUGGAGAAUUCUCCUGCUCUCCUUUCAAAUAGUAUCAUGGAAUUUUUAGUUUACUUUUACUGACAUAACAGUCAAUGCCUUGGUUCUGUGCCUCAUCUGAGAGACUACAUUGUCUCUGACAAUGUAGCACAUCCUCAAUAUCGUACUGGGAGUGUCAGCUUAAAUUUUGUGCUCAACUCCCUGCAGUGGAAUUUGAACUCUCAGCCUUUUGACUGAAAAUACCAAUGUGGUGCUGUGAUGUAGAUGCACCUCACGAAUAAGUAGCUUUCCAAAAAUUACCAUGAAAGUUCAUACAUGGGAACAGCACGAGAUAACAACUGGUGCUAUGGAGACAUACUCCUUGAUAUAAGUCAUAACUUUUAUGAAGGGAAGGACUGGGAAAACUGGCCAAGAAUCUCUCGAUAACAUUGGUGUCAAUUACUGAUGACACAUUUACUCAUGCUUUACUGACAAAAAGCAGUGAUUUCUUUUCCUUCUCCAGAAUUGGUUUGUGCUGGAUAAAUAAGACUUCUGUUUUUGAUGGUAAAGUUGGUAGACUGCAAGUUGAUUAGCGUAUGGGGAAGCAAGACACAUAACUAUGUUGAUAUAUUUGAGAGAAGAGUGCAGAUUGCUAAGAGUAUUUGGGAUAAAAUAUUUCUGGUUCUUUUGAGUCAAGGUUCAACACGGAGCUAAUGAAGGUUUCUGAGUAGCUUAGCUGAAGGUGAUAAUUUAGAACUGUAUACGUGUUACAGCCAGUUACUCUCUGACUAGAAACUUUGCAGUUGUUUUCUGUAUUCUUUGUAAAAUUUAA